AUGACAGGAGCUUUGGUACUAAAUAAUAUUUAUUUAAUUUUCAUUUUGUAUGAGGAGAUGGAAUGGUAAAACUUUUACUUUUUGGUCUCCUACUUCUUGCGAAUCUACUGUCAUCUCAUUUUUCUGAAAUUGUCAUCCAUGAUUCAAGAAGUGUUGAAUACAUAGAAACGUUGCUUGUUCUUGCAUCCAACGUGUUGAAUACAGGCUCAUCAUGUCGCCAUUGAAGACCGACUAUCGCUCCAGACCAUCCCUCCAGUUACGGCUUUUUUGCAAAUGAAUCUCUAUCCUGUGACUUUUUGCAAUAAAAACCAAGAGUUAAUAGAUCUUGCCUCUUGUCAGGCACAUCAGUGAAUCGAUCACUUUCUGCCCUUCCUCCUCUGUCUUCAAGCCGGAAAAUUAUCUCAAUCAAAGACAACACACAGAUUACUGCAAAAAUGUACAUUUCUUUCGCAUAAACUUCAACAAGUAAGACAUCAUUCUAGAAGAAGUAGUAAUGUAAAGGUAUUGUUGAGAAAGAACGGCACAAGAAGGCGGGUGCUUCUACCAUGGAUCGAAUGCAACCAACCAAACGAUGAAGCAUUUGCGCUCUAAUCGACUCGAUGACGCAUUUGCUCUCUUAAGGCACGAUGGAGAUAUUAAUUUCUUAGCUCUAGAAGACUUUCUUCUUUUUGGUUUUUCCUAGUUAGUUUUGGCUCCACUACUUUUAUUAGCUCUAGAAUUAUAGACUCAAUCUCGUAUUUCUCGGCUCUUCUCUCACGCUUACCAGAUAUUUUAAUAGACCUCAAACGGGUACAGGUCAAUUACACUGUAGAGGUCCCUGCUCUUGUACAACGAGUGUCAUUCCAAAACGGAACAACGCGGCUUCUACAACAAGCCUCAUUUCAAGACUCAACGGCUACCAUCUACUGCUUUGAUGUUGCUUCAGAAGCUGCAACGUUCUGGUGCCUAGUCAUCUAAUACACUUUGCUUCUCUAUCAGCGACCUUUUACUGCAACUAUCUACUACAUUACCUAGUACAGCACUACCUCACAAGUAGAGUUCAUGCACUACAGAUUGUUUAUAAUUAGGUCUUCAUCUACUUCUAAUUUUGCCAACGGAGGGGGUGCCACUCGUAUUGUUGCGGAAGAGUGUUAGUACGUCCGCGCUGAGCACUGAAGAUUAAGGCGAAAAGAUCACUUAAAUUUUCAGAGUUCAUACAUCGCCAUUUCUUUGUCCCUGUCUCCUUCUCUGCCUCAUCUAAUAAGGAAAAAUGACCUUUUAGUAACCGAGUUAAAGAAAAAUAACCGCUUCUGUUUCCCUCGUCUUGCUAGGCUAGUCCCUGUCUCCUGCUCUGUCACUAAUAAAAGACGGCUCAGCUGGAAACGGUCCUCCUUUCCUGGGUGCACGAUGUCAUCGUCCACGGAUUGUCAAACGCGAGUCGGAAAGUACUUUUGAGAGCAGGUUUUCUUUCAGAAGCUGUAUCCUCAUAUUGUUUUUUCAAAAUCCUCCUCGUUGGUUUACAAGUUCUACUUGUCUGUGGAAUCUUGUCACAUCGAUUCAUCCCGCCGGUAGGUGCUGCAUACCUAUUUGGGAUGCACAGAAUAGAAAAAACCCACCAGGUUCGUCAGCGGAUGAAGGAGACGUUGCCAGUAUUUGGACUGCCUCCUCGACUGCGACUACGAGAUCUCUCCGAUGGUUCAAUUCUGCUCUUAUGGAAGAACGGGCUUUUUUAUUACUUCUAAAACUAUAAUAUAUAUUAGCGGCGCAUUUCUUUGAUGACGGCGCUAGAAAAAAAUUAUCUAUGUAGCGCAUUUUAUGACUCAUCACUUGUGAUUACUCCACUGGAGAGAGGGGGCGCAACAUCCGCAUCGAUUUACUCCUGCAUCUUCGCAAGCUGUGCCAUCGUCGCUUAGGUCGGUAGUACUAUUUGCAGUCUUGUUAGCUGCUCCUUCCAUGACUGACAUCGCGGAACACAAUUCGUCUAAGCUUCGUCCUCAUCCAAGCACUCGACGUGAGAUUAUGCAAGAAAGGGAGCGCAGCCGCGAUCGGCCGAAUUGGUAUGGGGAGCAACUAGAAAACAAGGUAGUUGUAAGAAGUAGCACCAAGAGCAAACAGAAUUGUGUGUCUUACAGGCUUCGCUAUUCUAGUGAAGAAUAUGAAUAUUUUUAAUCACAACGAACGGAACUACAACUCAUUUCCACUUGCUAGUUGAAAAACAAGCAAGCCAAGAAGAAUGCGGCGCCUAUGGACUUUAGCUCUAAAAUUACGCAGUUUCAGAAAGCAUGCCGACGAUUAGGAGUACCCCAGUCAGAGUUACUGCUUAAGGCCAAAAAAUAUGAGUACAGCAUGAAAAAUGAACGCGCGGCAUUACCUGAUCGUUGACAAACAGUCUGGAGAUUAUGCUAGUUCUGACGUUCCUACGAAACAACAUAGAACGACUACUGAACGGCAGAAGAUUCUCGAAAUAACAAGUUUCAUUUAGUAAACAAACUAUGAACUUCAAGCGCUUGUCUUCUAAUCGUCUCACGGGUGACCUUUUCCCAGCACCUCCAAGAAACCCGCGGAGAGUCCUCUACUCCCUGAAGCAGUUGCACGAUGCCUUACCACCAAAUUACCAAGGACCAAGGAUAGUACGUAUUGAAUUGGACUCCUACAACCUUCGUAUUGAAGGACCUAAUCUACGAUGCGUUAGCGUAUGAUAUGGAUUGAUUGAUGACUGGAUAGUAGGGACGUAUAAUGAGCAAUUAGACUAUUUUCUAAGUACAUCCUUGAAGAAACAUCAAGUGACAUCUUUAGCCUUACGAAGAGCUUGUUUUGUUUUCUUCCUUAAAAAGAUGAAAAAUAGUUAUAAAAGUUCUUAUCAUACGGUCAAGGUCAACUACAACAUGCUGAAUGACUCCUAUCCAUCAUCAUGCUGUCCUAACUCGCCCUAUCAUCAUGCUGUGUAAAUAUAUUCACAUUCAGGUGGUUGGUCGUCCUGUACUACGACAGAGACGCCCUGGUGCGAUGAGAGGCAGGACCGAGGUGAAAUAGAAUAUACACAGCCCAUUGACAUGCGCAAAGAUCGAAAUAAUCUGCGAACGCGCGAACCUCUAGGACUGCAGAGCCGCCGUCGCAAAGUCCGAAUACCUCGAGCAGCACAGCGCGCUGUCACUUCUGUGCAUCCUGGUGCCACGUCUCCUAUGUUUCCUGCAGCCACGUCUCGGUCUCCUAUGUUUUCUGCUGUUGUUAAGGAUUUUUACACCACACUAUAUGCAAUCUAUCCUCUGGUGGUGCCUGUGCUUCCACUAGGACGGACCAUCACUAGAUGAAAAAGAUAGAACUGCAUCCUCUGGAAGUGCUACCACUCACACUGACUAAAGGAAUCCAUGACUUUUUUCCAGUAUCGAUCUUGCUGAGUCACCUUUUCUUCGUGAAAGAAGGGGUGGGCGAGUUUGAAUCACCUCUUUUUCUUGAAAAAGGAAGAAAAUUACACGUCGUUUGGCACUAAUGCGUCGGACGAGGUGGAGGAAAUGAAGAGCUCCGCAACAGAUUAAGGCAUGACGAUCCUAUGUACUGAUUUUUUCUCAAGACUAUAGACUACUUGAGUUUUCCCGCUACUAUAGACUUCUUGAAUAUAUAUGCCGCUACUAUACUACUUGAACUUUCAUCCAUGAUCUAUUGAUUCGCAAAUCAUGAUGAGCAAAAUAUUGCGAUUUCUCUGUUUAAGGACCACAUCUUCUCUAGUAAAGAAUAUUACUAACCUGUUAAAAAUAUCCUUGGUCUCCUUCCCCUCAUCCUGAUACGAAUGCCUACUUUUACAGUAAGGUUAAAAGAUUUCCCUCGUCUUCUUCCCCUUCAAGGGUUGAGUGUUGCUGUCGCGACCUGCUCUAAGUAAAAGAGCAAGAGCCGGGAGACGAUGACGAGGACUCGUUUUACUACUACAUCAGUGAUCAUGAACAAGGUCCAUGUACUCCAAGAUUACUAGACGAGCAGUUAAGGCUUCCGACUUUUUCACGCAUUUCUACAGGGGGUAGUAUGUACUAAGUAGUCUCAAGAAUGAAUUACCACAAAGAAUAUGUCUCUAAUAGCUGAAAGAGUAGAGCAAAGGGUCUCAGCUGAAGCAGCCGGUGACGAGCAGCCGAGAGUGGAUGCUGACGAUCACAACAAGUUUGCGAGCCGCGGCACUAAAAAGCAGAAGGUGUCCGUGAAUUAUGGUGCUGGGUGGGCUCCUCCUUUUCCAUCUUCUUCCCUAAAUAGGACAAAAAUGAAAAUUAAUUGUACGUUUAUCUUCAUUGAAGAUCUCGCUUGUGGCAUUCUGCUCUUUGUCCAUCUUCCAUCUACACUCGAAGUAGUAUGAGUAGAUGGAAAAAGUUGUAUCUCCCUCCAUUGAAUUCUGCCUGCGACAGAAAAAGCUUACCGAGAGUACAUACAGAGAAAUUGGCAGUCACGACGUUGUGCCACCUCCUCCAGUCCGACCACAUCAAGACGCGAAAGGCUCCUGCAAUCCUUGUUAUGACCCUCAUAUUCACAUGCUGUUUCUGGUACUAGUAGCUAGUAACUACUUACUUAAUGAUGUGCAAUACAAAUAAUAGGAGCUAGUAGCAGCACUACAUUCGUACUUGUUAAUGUACUAGGUGGUGUUCCUACUACCUAGAAGUACUUAAUCUACAGUACUAAUAGAGACAUAUCAUGCUACAUACUACAAACACAACAUUCUUACAUGUUUCUCUUUGUAGUUCACGAGUAGUCACAUGGUCCACAUGGCAGAUGUUUUUCGACUGUUGUAAAAAUGAGAAAGAAAGAACUCACUAAUUUCCUCUAAUCUUCCGUAAUAAAAAUCGCGACCCACUGAACGCCUUCCGGAGCUUUUUCGUUCUUGGCGAGCCACGCGAGACUUUCCAGAGGAAAAACGACACCAGCACUUAAGGCUAAUGAAGUAGAGAAGAUUGAAGAUAUUUUUUUCUUCAUAUGCGACUGUGAUUGAUAGGCAAUGAAUAUGAGAGAAGGUGAUCCCCAAGCUCAACAAGCACUAGACAAAGACAUCUUCAACAAGAAGGGCAUGGCUUCCUCUAUCAUAGAAGGUAUCUAGAGUAGAGAUGACAAAUGCGUUCUUCGCUUGAAGAUAGCACUCGUCUAAAUCUGCUGUCCCUCUACUGGCGUGUCCUCUUCUUUUUCAUCGAGAAGACCGAUUGUUGUCGCGAACCAGCGAAAAACAUGGGUUCGGAAAAACGAAGCUUCUCCUACAAAAAAAGAAGCUUCUCCUACAAAAAACGAUGAAGCUUCCCCUGCAAAAAACGAAGCUUGUCCUAGAAAAACAGUCGGGACUAAUUCUGAAGUUCCUCUGGGUAUGGUUCACAAGGACAAGGACUUCUCUUGUAGUAUGCACAGCAAGGACAAGGACUUCUCUUGUAAUACUGCUGAAGCUCCUCCAGCAGAACAACCUGGUAGUAGUUGUAGUACAGCUCCUAGUGACGCGGCCGCAGAAGCCGCUGUUGCAACAGCAAAACUCGAUGACGCUAUCUCUGGUUUUGAGCCCCAGCCGUAUUUGACAAUGAAGGAGCGCAAAAGUCACGAAGAAUUUCACAAUCUGCAUGAAAAGGGACACACGGUUAUGAUAGCAGUACCGAAGUAGACUACUUAGACGGAAAACCCUUCCUUGAUGUUCUUGUCCCCUUCUGAUUGCAGUUCUUUCCCACGACCUACAUGAAUAUAGCUGUUGAGAACAGUGUGGUCUGUUUUCAUACGAGAGAGAGAGACUAGAAGGAACUACUUAUCUGAAGAUGGCUUGGUAGCGCCUCGUCCUGCAUCUUCCUCCUCAGCCUGCUAGUAGUGACUCUGAUCACGUUAUAGGAGGAGGGGGCCAUUUCUUCGUUAAUUUUUGCGCUAAUAGAAAGAAGUCCUUGAUGAGUCUUGACGAUUUUUUACGUGGUGUAGAGUUCAGACGACAGACCCAUGCAUCGAACACGACGGAUACUAGUACUCGAGCUUCUGCCACGAAGUCGCGAAAUGAACGACUCGAACUGUUGUCGAUGUUAAGAUACCAUGUUCUUAGCGGGUAUGCCUUCUUCCAAAUUUCAAUAUUAGCACUUUUAUUUCUUGAUGCAUCAUUGAUAUUUGAUGGCAUUGUUUUAGCGAGUUUGUUUGUUUGUUUUGUUUUGAUGCGCUCCGGGCGACGCGUACGAUCCCGCCGGAUUUCUUUGUGCUCUGUGUGUGUAGUGCUAUGGUCGUCAUUGCGAUCGACUAUGGUAUGUCCGGUCGCCACAGUCCCCGCCAGCUGCGGCUUUUGUGGCAUGCCGGGCGCGGUGUGCUGCAGGCGGCGGCGACUGCGCGUAGGUUGCGCCUGGCGGUGAGGCGCGUCCGGGUUUGGUUGACGUUUUUGCGGCCUGCGGCGUGCACUGUUCUUCGCGUUCUCGUUUUUUGUCUUCGCGUGCUUCCUUUCUUGUCUCCUCCCUGCUCGUUCUUUGUUCGCCACCACCUAUCUCGGCCCCCGUCCUAUCGUAGCGGGCAGCGAUGGGUUUACCACAGCGGCCGCUACUCGUGUUUUAGCGAGUUUCUUCUGUAAGUACUUUCACGCUGAUAUUUCAGCAAUAACCAUCAAGAAUUGCACACAAAGAAGUUUUUAACCACUGACUUAACUUUGCCUCGUAUUAUGCCCCUCAUCAAGAAGUUAAUCAGUCAUCCUCAUCAUUGAACUCUGCUUUCAUUCUAGGAGGAGGAAAGCAACAUCGUCACUGCUCCCGGUGUAAACAUCUUACCUUUGAAAAAGACGUUCCGUCGUCCGUCACCUGAGUGCUCGGGCCAAGUGUUAAGGCCCCCACUGAUUCGCCUUUUCAUCUGCCUGGACCCUUAUAUAUAAAAAUAUGUAAUAGAGUAGAUUCCGGGAAGUCGUAGGUCCAACCCGAAUCGACUAACAUCAUCAUCAGAGACGAAGUAGUAUAAUUCUACAGGGAUACUAGAAAGAUGGCCCAGGGAGCCAAAAGAUGAAGCUUUCACGGCGCUAAUAGUAAUGAGGUCUCCGCCACAACAAGCAGCGCCAGAGGUAUCUCUAGCUCUGUCUCCAAUUGCAGUAAAGGCUAGUGCUGCCACGACUCUAGUAACGACGCAAGGUGUGGAGACAAGUAGAAUUGCAUGCUCGACGGAGGAGGUGCAGCCAUUGGACCUGGACGGGGGCUUUUCUGUCAUAAGAGAGGCGAAGCAGACUUUUAUUUCAUCUGGUGCCGAAACACAAACGUUGACCUCCGCGAAAAAGCUGCCAGAUGAACUUCUGCCAGAACUCAUGUCUAAAAAGCAAGCGGAUGUUGCUCUCGAGGAUCUACCUGUAGAAGAGCUAGAGCAUCCUGUGACCGGAGUAGAUCAACAACCAGCACGAGCAGGAGGAGGAGAUCAACCAGCACGAGAUAAAGCGCACAUCCUAGGAGAGCUACACGUACUAGGAGCUCAACAUUAAGGCUGUAGCCAACGCAUCUUUGACUGCAUUCUUGAGACGCAUAGAGGAGUACUCCAGGGCGAUACUUUACCAUACUUUUCAGGGAUGCAGCUGGAAGAUGCAUUACGGAGAGCGCUAACAACAAAGACCUGCUCGCUUAUUGAGUCUCUCCGAGCCGGAGGCCGCCUCUAUUUUGGGUCAGCAUAAUGCAAUCCGACGCCGGCUUCCUCACAACCUAGUACUCGGCAGUUCUACCGUUAAGGACAGAGUUACUUUUUCAUCAACAUUUUUUUUGCGUGUAGUAAGUAAAGGACAGUGUUUAUUUUUCAUCAACAUGAACUUGAACAUUUUUUAUGCUUGUUUAGUAUGCGAGUCCCGGCAACGUGGCCUGGCAACAAGUUCGCGGGCCUUGAACCUUGAACGUUGAGAACGCGAUGAUUUGGUGCAUUAUAUAUAACAUCAUGGCAAUCGUCGUUGCAACGUCAACUUCAUCAACGUCAUCAUUGUCGUCGCCAUCCUCAUACCUUGAUGGGGCCUAUACCUUGAUGGGGACGUCGCACACCCCACGUAGGAAAGGUUGGAUUUCCAAUAAUAUUCCAAGAAAGGACACCAUUUCACUUCCAGUAAGGAAUUGAUAUUAGCGAGAAAGUAUGUAUCAUACUUCUGGUUCUAGUUCUAACAUUGAUGCUUCUUCCGCGUGGAGUACAGAUUCUCGGACCCAGAACUUGGACGCACUUGCUUGGGUUCGCAGCUUACCUACAGUGCGUGGCUGGCUUACACGGAAAACCCUCACCAGCGGCGGCACUUACCAAUACCAGUGGAAAUGGGCAGCCGUAGAGAGUCUCCGAUUCUCGUUCUGUUAAGGAUAGAAUUUUCGUUCUGUUACUAAGGGUAGAACCUUGCAAUUGCUCUUCUAAUACAGGGACACUGAGGAAGAUUACUCAUAUACAAGGACACUGAGGAAGAUACAAGGGCAUUGAGAAGGAUAGAGUAUCAAUAGCAAGUGCAAGUUGUAGUUAUUAGUACUAGGUAGAGCGCUUUUGGAAGAAACUACUUUCUGCACAAAAUCUACUUUCAUCUAAUACAGGGACACAAUACUUGAACUAUCUUGAAGAAGCCCUUGUUUGACCUUGCUCUUCUAAUGUAAGGACACUGAGGAAGAUUACUGUGUUGGAAAAGCCUGCGUCGACCAAUUGAAUUUGCUUGCUAUACCCCAACCAGAAAAUGGCGGAAAAAAGAGUGUGCGUGUGCGGCUUCGUGGAAUGCCCUUCGGUACCGAAGUAGAGAACGGCCAUUCGAAAACAGAGGAUGAUCCAGUUAAGGGUUAUUUAUAAAGAUAUUAUUCCGAUGAAGAAGGACUACCACUACCGUCUCAUGUAAUUAGGGAUUAAUGCGAAAAUCAUACUUCUAAUCCUAAUCCUAAUGUUCAGGAUGCGCCACAAACAGCGUGGGGCAAGGCCACAGGAAAGCACAAGGACUCAGGAAAGUGGUCAGUGUCAGCCCUAGGACGAUCUGGGCGCAUCGAACUCUGCUGUGCUGAUGAUGAUUCGAUUAUGGCUAUACGGGAAGUUGCAUCAGUGUCUUCGCGUAGGUGAUGUUUGCUACAAAGGGUACUGCGGGAGUAAGUACGUAUCUCAUUGCUCUUACCUUCGUUUGUCAUUCUGAGACUUGAGGUGAUGAUGGAAGAGAAAAUUUUGAAGAUUUUCUAUUUUCUAGAAAUUAGUAGUUAGAACUACUUUGAUUUUCGUUUUUUCUAAGACAAGUUCUCGUGAGGAUUGGGCGGCCGCUUUAGCACUUCAAGCCGAGUGCGCUUCUGCACUGAGGAAUCAAAUCUUAGAAACUCUGGAACAAGUCACAAAGGAAAACCAAGAAGAGCUCUUUACAUUAUGAUGUGACUACUUUGCUUGCAGGCUUCUAUAUAAUCAAUCUUACACAUGCAGGCUUCUAUAUAAUGUGUACGUAGAGGAUGAAGACACAGUACGGAGAAAGUGAAGUAGCAUUAGUAGGGGGGAAUGAACAAAGAGAGUCUCACGAAGUAGCAGGGGGGAAUGAACAAAGAGAGUCUCUACCUUCUUGAUGUAGAUGGUCUGAUGUCUUCGUUGAAGGUCCUCUGGUAUCAUGUAGUCUUAGUCUCUCUAUCGCGAGUUCCUAUUGGCGUCGUUUUUGUCUAAUCCUUCGUGUGGUUACUACCAAUUCUUUGGUUUAUCAUGCUGCGGCUGCUUCAGAUGCUGCUUCGACUGAGGUGGAGGACAACGCAGCGUCUGCAAGUUUAAGGCUCGAAAGAUUUCAAGAAAACGAAAACGCAUUCUAGUUCUCGUUUCAAGGGGAACAGCAACAGCAGGACGACAGGGAUGAUUAUAUGUAGAUUCAUCAUCGUGUGGGAGAAAACUUUGAUUUUGUGUAAAUUACACAAGAACAAAGACAAGGAUGUUGAAAGUUCACAGUACGACAGAUGUACGACACAUGAAUGAUGGAGUACUCUAAUCAGUAUGCCAGAUGACGAAAAUAUAGACGGCGUGACACAGAUGUUAUCAGACGUGUGGAUCACACCACAGACGCAGCAAGACUGUCGCGAAAAUGCUUCCUACGAAAUCGAGGAGUCAAGACCGCCAGGUCAGAAGAAGAAAAAAAUUAUGCUAAAAUGGUGGUGAACCACAGUUGUGCCCACAACGGCAAGCAACUACAGAUCUACAGAGCAAGCUUCUACUAGGGAACAGUCUUAGGACAUAUUUUUUUAGGAAUGACCGAUUUGAUUUUUCGUCCCUCUAGAAGAAGUAGCUCACUGCUCAUCCAAAGUAAAAGCGUCUCAUUAUAAUAAGUAAAUGACAGUGCUGCUGACACUAAGUACUUCCCAGCAACAUUCUUGUUCUUCUAAGAAGAGUAACCGAAGACGCAAAGUUCCAGAAAAUGUUGGGUCAGCUCACGAUAUGCCAGAAACUAAGGACAAGAAGUACCUAAAGACGCCAGAAGUGGGGAGUGGCACGUCGUCCCGAAGCUCACCAGUAGACGCCACAGCUGAAGACUAAGUAAUGCGGCACAAAUAGUGGAUAAGACGGGCUUCUACAACUGUCUGGAAAUAUGAAGGGACUUCUCAGCACGAAUAGUCGACGCAGCAAAAGGUUGUAGGGAAGAGCCUCUACUACUGACAAGGAAAAGGAGAGUGAAGAGCUUCUACUACUGAGUAGCGAAAGGGACGCGUCACCUCGACGAAUAGUAGACGCAGCAAAAGGUUGUAGGGAAGAGCCUCUACUACUGACUAGGAAAAGGAGAGUGAAGAGCAUCUACUACUGAGUAGCGAAAGGGACUCGUCACCUCGACGGGUAGGAGAAGCAGCUUUAGUUUGUAGUAGGGGAGAGCUUUUACUGCUACAGAUCCGGCUAGUUGUAGUACAUCUUCGCAGUGCAGGUCGUGAAGAAGCGCACGUACAAAUCUGGUUAACGGCUAGUACUACAUCUUCACAGGCGCGUAGCUGGAAGACCUAUUCCACUAGAGAUUUGGAAAGUAGCCGCUGUAGCUUGUACAGUACUAAGACCGUGACUAGUUUUUAGUACACCGGAACGGACGAACGACUAUACCACAGCCACUUUCGGGACGAACAACUACACGGCCACGUUCUACAACCUACAGUAACUAAGCGAUAGCUCACUUAUGCUGACAGAUGCCUUCUCAAGCGCAUGUGAAAGUCAUAUCCGGCAACAAGACGGACGACACGAAAAAUAAUAGAAGGACGACACACCAUGUUCAAUUCAAUGUGAAGAUGCUCUUGGUGGUGCGACACAUAAUUCGACGAUUUUUCUGUAUCUAACCGUGCAACUCGGCAGGUUAGAUUAACCAUCACCUGCUACUAACAACACCCACGCACGAGAAGCUCGCGCAGAUUGCUUUUGCCAGGCCAGCGUCGCCGGCCACCACCCAGAACAAGGCAUCGUUGUAGAAUAAACUGGAGGCUCUUUGUUCUUGCCGAGGGGUGUUCCUAGAUAUGGUACAUCAAGCAUGAGAUGAGUACUUUUUCGCGACUCUGGAAUUCUCGACACCGGUCGUUUCUGCAUGGUUGCUGUGAAAGGCGGGGAUCAAGACACAUCAUCUUUCAUCUAAUGCUCGCUUGAAACACUACGCCAGAUAAAUUUCUGGUCGUUAGCUCCGCCAGGUACCGAGAACUCGUCACCGAAGAACAAUUGAGAGACACAACCUUUCACUUUCAGUUUUAGAAGUGCUUGAUGAUAAACAAACUGGCAACGUCCUCCUGCACCUGGUCAUGUUCGUGUGACUACGGGUCUUCAUUGUUGUAACAUCAAGGAAAGUGCCAUGUUUUUGAUAAGGUGAAGAGGCUUAAAACUGAGCAAAGCUGUCGAUUUCUAGAAUCUUGCGCAUUCACAACUGC